UUGCAGUUGCAGCAGCGGCGGGUGCAACUGCAGGUGCAGCAGCAGCAGCGGCGGGUGCAACUGCAGGUGCAGCAGCAGCGGCGGCGGUUGCAGCGUCCGGCGCCCUGUGCGGAGCGUUCCGAGGCCCCCGGGAGAGGGAGGGCGCCGGGUGGCUCGAGGACAGUAGGUCAGAGAUGGAUAUUGUACUGAAAAUUUCAGACUAUUAUUUUUUUACGCCAUACGUAUAUCCGGCCACAUGGUCCGAGGAGGAAAUCGUUCGACAAACUAUUACUCUCCUGAUUGUAACAAAUCUUGGUGCUUUACUCCUUUAUCUGUUUUUUGGAAGUCUGAAUUAUUAUUUGGUCUUUGAUCACUCGUUGAAGAAGCAUCCACAAUUUUUAGAGAACCAAGUGCAACGAGAGAUAAAAUAUAGUAUCCAGUCACUUCCAUGGAUAAGUAUCCCCACAGUUGCCUUGUUCUUGGCAGAGGUCAGAGGUUACAGUAAAUUAUACGACAACAUAGAAGAUUCUUCGUAUGGUUGGUUUGGGGUCAUUAUUAGUAUGCUGUCUUUUCUCUUCUUCACUGAUAUGCUCAUCUACUGGAUCCACCGGUUUCUUCAUCAUAAACUUCUAUAUAAGCGUCUUCACAAGCCCCAUCAUCUCUGGAAGAUUACAACUCCAUUUGCAAGUCAUGCUUUUCAUCCCGUAGAUGGCUUCCUUCAGAGUAUUCCCUAUCAUAUCUACCCUUUUUGCUUCCCAUUACACAAAGUGGUCUACUUAGGUCUCUACAUCUGUGUUAAUGUCUGGACGAUUUCGAUUCACGACGGCGAUUUUCGAGUCCCCAAGUUCUUGCAACCGAUUAUCAAUGGCUCUGCUCAUCACACAGACCACCACCUUUACUUUGACUAUAACUACGGCCAAUAUUUCACCUUGUGGGACAGGAUCGGGGGCUCUUUCAGAAGCCCUUCUAGCUUCGAAGGGAAGGGACCUCUCGAUUAUGUGAGGAAAAUGACAGAAGAGAAAAUGAGCAAACAUGCAGGAAAUGGUUGCAAGAAUGAACAGGUCAUCAAUGGAGAGAGUUUAAAGGAUAAAUAACUGCCUGAUCACUGCUGAACCAUCAACUCAAUUUUUAAAAAAAUAACAGGGAAAAAAACCAUACAGACCACCAGAGGCUAUUGUCAAAUUCAACUUCUAUAGCAUCAUUGAUAAAUUAAGCUUUAUGGAUGCCAAUAGGAAAUGAGCAGGGCAGAUGCAGGAGGCUCUAUCAAACCUGGGCUCACGUUUGAACAAUAGAUCGUGGUUUAGGAUAUACCCCAAGUGUUGGCUGUUUCUGGCAGAGCUGGGGCAUACCAUUCAUAAGACUUCCAGAUGUGCUCAAAGGGAGCAGAGUUCUGUCUUUAUUUUCAUUGAUGCAUCCCAGUUCAUUAUGGAAGAUUGAUAUUUGCUGACAAGAUUCAGCACCAUAACAUAGGAGAUGAGCCUAAUUGUGACUGUUAAAUGAUUUUCAUGUUGGGACAAUGCUAAUUUAAAUGCAGCACUUUAUACAAAUGAAAGCAUCAAUGUGGAGAAGCGAUUCUGAUAUAACUUUAGCAACUAAAUGUAAGUUAAUAACUAUGGUAAUUUGAUUGCUACCUGUACAGAGAAACCUCACUCUGGAGCAGUGUGCCAUUUAUUGGGUUUUGUACAGAAAUUAGUAAAUUUUACUUUGUUCCUAAUUAAUGUUGCUACAAAGAGUCUUUAUAUAAUUGUUUCAGGGUCUCUUAAUUGAUUUUUUUAACCAAUAUUACAGUUGUGCAACACUUGACUCUGAAUGUGUUUAAAGGGAAAUUUGAUAUCAUACCUGGAUUAAUAUACGUGACAUGAUUACUGGAUUUUUAAAAUUACAUGAAUGCACUGCACUUUGAAUAUGUGCCAAUAAAUUAUGUAAUUUUCUAUACAAAAUAUAGAAAGCCUUUUCAAAUAUUUAACCAAACUAUGAAGACUAGUUUUGCUUAAGGUCAGAAAAACAUUCAGCUACUAGUGAUGUGUAGAACUGUUGCUCAUUGUAAGUCAGAAAUGUAUUAUGUAAUUAUGCUUUUUUAAGUAUAUCGUGUGAAAGUCAAUAAAUUUGGACUCUGAAUAAAGUACA